AUGACUUCCGCUCGCUUGUCCCCAGCAGCGAACCUCCUUCGCAACUCUAAGCUUUUCGCGCUUCCCCCAGCUGUACCCUUACCACCCACGAGACCAUCAUCGGAACCGGUUCAUGCUUCGGAUACGGCGACUACCAUUCAUCCCACUAAAGCCGCCAUCUACACUGAUACGAAGUCUCUGCUUUCAGGCGACUGGGGCUUGAAGAGACCUCUGCCGACUAAGGCAUUCGCCAAAACCACCACCCCCGUUAUCCGGCUUCGAAGUGAUGUCGAUACUCAAGAACAUAUUGCCGACUUUGACUCGGCGGCCGACCAUGUCAUGACUCUGUAUAAAUGGGAGACUCAUCCUUUGUUGAUGAGCAAUGGCGGUUCCUCGAAAUCAAGCGCGGCAAAAAAGAGCGUCUUUCGUCCUGAGUACGAUAACACGACACCGACCACCGUUCGAGCAGCACCGGCGGCCAGAGCGCCAGAGGGCGCUCUGGCCUUUCAGGGUUGGGACGACAGCGCGCGACAGCGGUUUCUCAACCCUGUCGCAGGUCCAUACGACACGGUGGAAGCAACAACGCCUGAAGCAAAGGCAGAUUCACGGCAGACGUCGAUUGAAGAGAUGCUGGAGCAGUACAGAAAGGACUUUGCCACAGAAGCCGAGGCGUCCGGUCGCAUAACAUCUCAACCGUCAGGUCUACCACGUUCGGUGGAAAAGCGAGAGAGAUGGCGCUAUCAAGGCCCAUGGCUUGCGGCCAUGACGAACGGGGAUUUCGAGAUCUUCUUGAAUCAAUUGGAUGCCGGGAAGACAGCAGCUUUCCGUGAGCAUCUUAAGCGAGGCAUUGUCGCACGCCGAAAGAAGCAACAUUCCGAAGCGGUUGAGGAAGCCCGCGCAAAUGCAGUGGAGCCUCCCGCGAUGCCCUCUGAGGAAGUAUCUGAAGAUGAAGUCACCGCUCUUCUACGAGAGCUACGGACGAAGACAGAUCUAUUCAGCUCCGAGAUCUCCUCUUUUCUCGAUCUACCCUCUCCGCCCCGCCUCACAACAGGAGACGCAAGUUGGAAACGGCCAGUGGAUGAGGACACCAGCAUCAGCCUCUACCAAAAGGAAGGGCCACCUCGUUUACACCCGUCGGCAGGAUUUUCCUACCUUCGCUCGGAUCGCUUCGCUAGGAUGUCUCCUCAUAACGGACCCCAGGACGCGAAAUCCCGCGUUCCAGCUCGUCAACUCAAGGAAGUGACCGGCGAGGACAAGAGAAACAUGGAGUCCGGCCAGACGCACUUCUGGGGCGUCGGUGGAUUCUCGGUGAGUACGCGGUAUAGCUCUACAAACGUCCAAGCUUGGCGAACCACGAACGGAGGGCCUAAAACCGUUGCCAUCGUCGAUGAAGCUCUUGUCUCGAGCAACGGCUCGAUCGAUAUGCAAACCCGCAUCCUGAACUACUCCAGAUUGGACCAAAACAAUGUACCAGCAUUACAAAGAGACACCGAGGAUCGUGAUCCUCAACGAAAUCACUCUGAUGAGUUGCGCAGGAACAAUGGCAGAGUCUACAAGCCCCCACCAUCAGGCUAUAUGAGAACUCCUGAUCUUUCGGUGGGCGGAGCUGCAGGUGCAGGUAUUACAUCGGAUCUUGGCUAUGCCCCAAGCGACAACAAUGCACCGCUAGGACGGAGGCCAUUGUCAAGAACCUGA